GUGUUUAAGUUUAAAAUGUAUUAGUCAGAUUUAUUUUUCUAAACAUUUUAAAUUUUAGUUGCUUCAUUAAAUAAUUUUUCGAGUAAAUUACAUUUCUAUUUGUUUGUCUCAUAUCCUAAAUUCAGGGGGUUUGUUGAUGGUAAUACAUUAGUUAGGAAAGCAUAAUCAGAAAUUAGGUCAAUUCCAAAACAUGUUAAACUUAUAAUUUUAUCAAAAAAGUUUACAAUCACAGAAAAUUAUUUAAAAUAUAUAUCAAAAUUUGAAAUUUAUGGUAGAUAUUUAAAAUUGUUGUCGUGCGGUUACACUUUAAAUGAAUCUAAUGAUUAAAUAUUGAAUUCUAAGCAUUUAAAAAAUCAUUCUUUGUAAAAUUAUAGCAUUGCUGAUUCUAUGAAAUUACUCAAUUUUAAUUAUUUUGACAGGUUAAACAUGGGGUCCACAAAUAUGACGAAACUGACUGUUUCCCUAAUUCUCAUGGUGGAAAUUUGGGCCUUAAAUUUCAAUGAAAUUGAAGGUGGACCAACGACCACAUUUACAAGCUCUCCACUUGGAAGGAGUCUGCUUCAAGCAGUAAACAUCUCAGAACCUAUGAGACAAUCAGAUGAUACUGUAAGAGUGGAUCCUCUAAAUCAUUUCAAGAAAUAUAGAGGAGGAUAUGACAUAACCAAUAAGCAUUAUUGGAGUUCAGCUAUAUUUACAGGAAUAUAUGGAUAUGCCAUUGGGGUGUUGUGGCUUUUAUGCGGUUUGGUAAAUGGGGGAUUUUUGCUGGCAACCUCUUUUUGUUGUAAAAAUAGCAAUAGAAAGCUGAAGAAGAAGAAGGGAUCACAUUGUCACAAGCAGUGUUAUCCUUGGCCCAUUCUUUUGGCAACAUUCUUCACAGUUCUAGCAAUAGUCGCGACUGGAUUAGUUCUGGGAGGUAAUGCAAAAUUUCAUUCAAGAGCAAAAAAAGUGGUAGACAUUGUCAUUAACACAGCAAAUGAUGCAUCACAAACCAUAUAUAACACAACUGGAGCAAUGAAAGACAUCAGUACCAACUUGGAAGUAUCUAAUGGAAGUAGUAGUUAUACAGGCUUGCUUACCUCCACAUCCCAGAAGCUUGACUCUGAAGCUGCAGUUAUACAAAGACAAGCCAAGAAGAACAGGCAUGCCAUUAACAAGGGCUUGAAGAUAGUGUACAUAUUAACUGUAGUGAUUAUUUCAUUCAACUUGGUUGCUGUGCUUGCCCUAUCAGUGUUUGGAAUCCUGAGAUUACAAAGAGCACUUUAUGUGUUUAUUGUUCUCUGUUGGUUGCUCACAAUCCUGUGCUGGUUUUUCUUUGGGGUGUAUUUCUUCAUAGAAAAGUUCGAGGGAGAUACAUGCACAGCUCUUGAAGACUUCCAACGAGAUCCUUAUAAUAGCAGCUUGAGCUCAAUCCUUCCCUGUAAUGAACUGCUUUCUGCAAAAUCAGCCCUGUCGGAUGUCAGUGCUGGGAUUUACAACCUAGUAAAUGAGGUGAAUGCAAACAUAUCAACAUCAUAUCAAAACAUCGUUCAAGUCUGCAAUCCUUUCUCAGAACCACCAGAGUACCAAUACCAACCAAAUAGCUGUCCAUCUAAUACAAUAAAGAUAGGAGACAUCCCUCGGGUAUUGAAGACGUAUACAUGUUCAGAUGCGAAUAGUGGAACUUGCGAAGGAGUGUUAAUCUCCACUAACGAUUUUAGAACAGUGGAGGCUUACUCAAAUUCAAUACAGACACUACUAAAUGCAUAUCCGGGUAUGGAGAAUUUGGUACAGUGUCAGCCUGUGGAGGAAGCUUUUUCCGAAAUCCUUCAGAGACACUGCAAACCAUUAAAGAGACACACACGGAUGGUGUGGGCAGCAUUGUUGUUUCUCUCAAUUAUAAUGGUGGCUGUGGUUCUAAUAUGGACCGUUGAAGCUCAUUAUCAGCAAAAACGUCAAUUUUCAGAUUGUUCGGUGAAAUCUCAUUCCAUGGAAGCAGAAUUGAUGGAAUCUGGAGGAGCUAAAGGAACUAGAAAGGAUUCAAAUCUUAAUUCAGUACUGUAAAUUAAGUACUGAGAAAUUUCUCUAGAAUUUUGUAAACACACACACACAACAAGUGAGUUCAAAAAAAUCUUGCAAGAAAAACGAAAACAGAUCACAAUUAUCAUGAAGAAUUACAUGAUCGAAAAGAUCUUGGUGUAGGGAGUUAGAUUUAGGUCUGAUAACAAUUUUUGUACAAAUGAUAUCUAUAAAAAGCCAAAUAUGGGGACAAACCCCUCAAUGGCUUGUUAGGAUAUUUCAAGCAAUUCUAUACAUUUCAUAUUA